GGUCCGGGACUGGCUAGCCCGUGUUCACAGGCGCCACCGUCCACUGUCCGGCCCUGCGCAGACUCUCCAGUAGAGGCGAGUCGCGUGCCGCCCGGAGCCGGUCCCCAUCGCAGGACACAGAUCCUGUGCCGUGGGGGCUCCUAGCUCCCUCGCCCUACGAGCUCCCCGCCGCAGCCAGUGGUGCCGACUCUGCUCCAGCUACCCUGUUGCUGCGCCCCGCCCGGCUAGGAAAAGUUUCUGGAGUUGUCAAUCGCGGUCGCUGCGAAUCGAGGUGCAGAGUCCUGGCAGUGGGGCUCGUACCCGGCGCAGCCUGGGGCAUGCGACGCGGGGGCGCGGCCCGGUGACGCCGCGGGCGGGGACCUUGCGCCCCGGCGGCCGACGCGCGGCUGUGGGCCGUGGGUAGCGCGGGGACCCGGACGCACGGGGACGCGGUCAUGGAGGAGGACGCGGGAGCUGCUGGCCCGGCCCCGGAGCCGGAGCCCGAGCCCGAGCCCGAGGUGGAAGCCGCGCAGGAACCUGAGCCGGAGGCCGGCACCUCCGAGGCGUUCUCCCGCCUCUGGACGGACGUGAUGGGCAUCCUGGAUGGUUCCCUGGGAAACAUUGACGACCUGGCGCAGCAGUAUGCGGAUUAUUACAAUACCUGCUUCUCGGAUGUUUGUGAGCGGAUGGAGGAGCUUCGGAAACGGAGAGUUUCCCAGGACCUUGAUAUGGAGAAACCCAACGCCAGCCCCACGCCACUUCAGCUGCGGUCCCAGCUCGAAGAGUCCCUUGGCUUCUGCAGCGCCGUGUCAACUCCAGAAGUGGAAAGAAAGUACCCUCUUCAUAAGUCAAAUUCGGAAGACGGCUGCGUAGGAAAAGGAGAUUGGAAGAAGAAAAAUAAGUACUUCUGGCAGAAUUUUCGAAAGAACCAGAAAGGAAUAAUGAGACAGACCUCAAAAGGAGAAGACGUGGGCUAUGUGGCAAGUGAGAUAACGAUGAGCGAUGAGGAGCGGAUUCAGCUAAUGAUGAUGGUCAAAGAAAAGAUGAUCACCAUAGAAGAAGCACUUGCUAGGCUGAAGGAGUACGAGGCCCAGCACCGGCAGUCAGCUGCCUUGGACCCUGCAGACUGGCCCGAUGGCUCCUACCCAACACUGGACGGCUCGUCCACCUGCAACUCAAGAGAACAAUCGGAUGAUGAGUCGGAGGAGUCGGUGAAGUUUAAGAGGUUACACAAGCUGGUAAACUCUACCCGAAGAGUCAGGAAGAAACUGAUCAGGGUGGAAGAAAUGAAAAAGCCCAGCACUGAAGGUGGAGAGGAACAUGUGUUUGAGAAUCCGCCCGUCCUGGACGAGAGGUCCGCACUCUACUCUGGAGUGCACAAAAAGCCAUGUUUCUAUGAUGGCUCCUCUGAGAAGCCUCCGGAAGAUGAUUCAGAGUCUCUCACCCCAUCUCCAUCGUCUAGCAGCCUGGAUACUUGGGGAGCUGGCCGGAAGUUGGUCAAAACAUUCAGCAAGGGAGAAAGUCGGAGCCUGAUUAAGCCCCCUAAGAAGAUGGGGACAUUCUUCUCCUAUCCAGAAGAAGAGAAGGCCCAGAAAGUGUCCCGCUCCCUCACAGAGGGGGAAAUGAAGAAAGGUCUUGGGUCCUUGAGUCAUGGGGUAAGUACGGACGGUGUUUUCUUCUAUGACAACCAUCGGCGUAGGCACCACUUUCUGGUGUCCUUGGAGGAGGUGCAGAGUGUCCGUAAGCAAAUCCGCUUGAAGAAAACGGAUACUAAUUACUCCUGUUCCAGAACUUUUCUCUGCCAGCGUCCCUCCAGAAAAGGAGUCAAUGGCACCAACUGUGACCUGCUGCCCCGGCAGAAGCCCAAGGGGGGCGGCAGCUGCGGCUUCCCUGGCAGGAGGGGCCGAGGGCGCACCUCGGUCAGCGAGUUCAAUAUCACCUACGUGGUGGAGCGGAGUCUCUACAGCCACCUGAACCUGACCCAGCUCGUGCGUCCUGCUUCAGACAGGACGCUGAGCAAGGCUGAGAAGCAGGACCUGAGGCGGUGCUUGCUGGAGGAGGAUGAGGAGGCAAAGAGGAAGUGGGCUGCCACGGUGGACCGCUGUACUAAAAGGGUUCUCUUGAGAAUUCACCAGAAGUCCAGAACUUGCAGUUUCGGUGGAUUUGACCUGACGAACCGCUCUCUGCAUGUUGGCAGUAAUAACUCUGACCCUAUGGGUAAAGAGGGAGAUUUUGUGUACAAAGAGGUAAUCAAAUCGCCGAUGGCCUCCCGCAUCUCUCUUGGGAAAAAGGUGAAGUCGGUGAAGGAUACAAUGAGGAAGAGGAUGUCGAAGAAAUACAGCAGCCCCGUCUCCGAGCAGAACUCAGGACUUGAGGGAAUGCCCGGCUCUCCUGCCUCAGUAAAGCCUGAUUCUGAACACGCGGACAAGCCCAAGCUCAAAGCCGGGGGCUCUGUAGAAAGCCUUCGGAGUUCUCUGAGCGGCCAGAGCUCAAUGAGUGGUCAGACCGUGAGUACCACCGAUUCCUCCACCAGCAACAGGGAAAGCGUCAAGUCGGAAGAUGGUGAUGACGAAGAGCCACCCUACCGGGGUCCCUUCUGUGGCCGUGCCCGAGUGCACACUGACUUCACCCCCAGUCCUUAUGACACAGACUCUCUGAAGCUCAAGAAAGGAGACAUCAUUGAUAUAAUCAGCAAGCCACCCAUGGGCACCUGGAUGGGGCUCUUGAACAACAAAGUCGGCACGUUCAAGUUCAUCUACGUGGAUGUGCUGAACGAGGAAGAGGAGAAGCCCAAGCGGCCUGCCAGGAGGAAGAGGAAGGGAAGACCACCCCAGCCGAAGUCUGUGGAGGAUCUCCUGGAUCGGAUCAACCUCAAAGAACACAUGCCCACUUUCUUGUUCAAUGGCUAUGAAGACCUGGACACCUUCAAGCUCCUGGAGGAAGAAGACUUAGAUGAAUUAAAUAUCAGGGACCCAGAACACAGAGCAGUGCUCUUGACGGCGGUGGAGCUGUUACAGGAAUAUGACAGUAACAGUGACCAGUCUGGGUCACAGGAGAAACUGCUGGUGGACAGCCAAGGCCUGAGCGGAUGUUCCCCACGAGACUCCGGAUGCUAUGAAAGCAGUGAGCACUUGGAAAAUGGCAAAACUCAAAAACCCAGCGUGCUGUCUACCAAGUCGUCCACAGAGUCCAACUUGAAGUCUUUCAACAGGAGCCAGCCAGGCAAUUACCCGACAUUGCCGUUAACAAAAUCAGUGGAGGUGCGCCAGCAGGGAGAGGAAGGCAGGUUGGGCCGAGGUCUAGCCCCGGACACUGCCCAGUGCGGAGAUGUGCCCUGUGGGACUGGUUCGAAUAAAAACCGAAGGAGCCUCCCUGUCUCCAUCUGUCGCAGCUGUGAAACCCUGGAGGGUCCUCAGUCCGUGGAAAGUUGGCCCCGAUCCCAUUCCCUGGAUGACCUUCAGGGUGACGCUGAUGCCGGCAACGAUGUACCUACCAAGGUGCAGGAAGCCUGUCCUCAGAACGUACCGGAAGUGCCACAAAAGACGUCUGCCUGUUCCUCCGAGGCUCAGCCCCGAGGCAGAGAUCCUACUGCGGAAGACGGGAUGCUUCUGACCCAAAGCAAGGGAUUUUCUGAGCCCCCAAAAAUGAUGGCUAAGAAACUGGAUGGCCCCACAGUGACCUCUAAUCUUGGCGUAUCUCCUCCUCAGUGUGUUCCCAGAAAUUUAGAGGCUCAGCCUCCAGUUAAACCUGGCUUAAUAAGGACGUCUCUUGAGGGUCACAGAAAAGGACAUGACCACCACCCCCUGGGCACCAAAGAAGGGGUAGAUGGGGAACAGAGCGCCCCUGAGACCAGGACACAGCCCAGACAUCCAUCGCAGCCCCCACCUGUGCCUGCCAAGAAGAAUCGAGAGCGCCUGGCCAAUGGCUUGCACCUGGUCCCCAGCCUGGAGGCGCCCACCCUGCCGCUGAAGAAGGCCAGCCCUGCCAGUCCUGUCAGCCCCUGUGACUGCCCCUCUCCCCGGGAGCCCAGGCCUCCCUCGGGAACUGAGCCGGGCAGCCCAACCUGUGCGAGACCUCCGCCGUGGCUGGCAGAGCUGCCCGAGAGCACCAGCCUGCAAGAGCAUGGUGUGAAGCUGGGCCCAGCGCUGAGCAGGAAGGUUUCCUGCGUCCGGGGCGUGGACCUGGAGAUGCUCACCGAGAACAAGCUGCAAGCUGAGGGCAUUGAUCUCACCGAGGAGCCCUACUCUGAUAAGCAUGGCCGCUGUGGGAUCCCUGAAGCUCUGGUGCAGAGAUAUGCCGAAGACUUAGAUCAGCCUGAGAGGGACGUUGCCACCAAUAUGGACCAGAUCCGGGUGAAGCUACUUCGGAAGCAGCAUCGUAUGGCGAUCCCAAGUGGCGGGCUGACGGAAAUCUGCAGAAAGCCCCUCUCUCCUGGAUGUGUUGCCUCUCUGUCGGAUUGGCUCAUUUCCAUUGGCCUGCCCAUGUACACCAGCACCCUUUCUGACGCAGGGUUCAGCAUGCUGAGCCAAGUGCCUUCCCUGUCCCCCACUUGCCUUCAGGAGGCCGGCAUCACAGAGGAGAGACACAUAAGGAAGCUCAUAUCCGCAGCCAGACUCUUCAAACUGCCACCAAGCCCUGAGGCCAUGUAGCCAAGCCUACCAUGGCCCUCCUUGGACAAGAGCCAGCCUUCCACUGUGCUUGCAAAGCUGAUACAAUCCCUCUAAAUCUGCUGGGGUUGACCUGAUCCAGAAGGAAAGACCCCACGUGGGGCUCCCAGACCAGGAUUGGUACCAGAACCGAGGAAAAAGUACCCCUCCAUGCCAAGGAAAUCGGUGUGGUUCUCUUCCAUCCCCAAAGGCAAGACAAGCACUUAGUUUUGUUUUCAGACACAGAAGAGCCAAGAUGCCAACUUAAUUGCGAACACGGUGUAUCCAGUCUGUCUUUGUGCUGGCAGAGGGGCUAGAAGAGGGCAAGGCAGCCCGCUCGUGUCUGAUGGUGCCCUUGGCCACCUGUCGGUCACCCCGCUGGAUGCCGGAGCCCGAUGGGCUGAGCGAGCUAGGCCAAAGCAACAGACUCUGAACUUACUGUCCACUAUUGCCCAGACUCCUCCGUUCAGAAGUGAGAGCGGAGGACUACACCAGGAGCGGGACAGCCCUGCUCUCCUGUAGAUAAACAAGAGACAUUUUAAUUGCUUUCUAGCAAUUAGCUUUUGUUUGCCUUAAUAUAAACUUUUAAUCAGUUAUCUAUCUAGUGUCCGCAACCCUUAACCCUAGUUCCAGAUCUUCAGCUUAGACUGCCAUCUAACGUAUUGGGGGUGUUUUCAGCAAAAAUAGCCUUUUUUUUUUUAACAGUCUCGUUCUAACCUGGUUUAUUUUAUAGGGGUGACUACCAGGCCCACAUUUCACGUUGGCUUUUAGCUUUUAAACUAACCACAAUUUCAGUACAAGUCCAUCUGUACUCACAGAGGGGCACGUAUGUUCACGUGAGCACGUGUGGAACGGCCCUUCAUCCCACGCUCUUUAGUGAGUGCCCGUCGUGGUGGCCACGAUGCAGUGGUGGCCACGAUGCAGUGGUGGCCACGGUGCCGCAGCAUUUACACGGAAUCCUGACCACGCCCAUUCCAAAACCCGGUCUCAGCUAGUGGAUGACCUCGGCAGAAAGUCAUUGUCGUGUUGCGUAUCUCAGAAAGAUUUUUUUUUUCUAAAAAGGGAAGUAGUUACAUGCAGUUUGUUGGUUUGUUGUUUUACUUUUUUUUUCCUUUUUGGCCAGUUCUACAAUUGUUUUUUAUCUCUCAUUUGUUACUUAGAUAAUUAUUUUAACUCAAAGGUUCAUCAUGGAGCCAGACAAGCCACAUUGGCUGUGUGUUCAACUCUGCAUCUUUUCAACUGUUCUUCCAGCUGUGAUUCAGUGUAAUCUCUCCUCUUCUUGUCUGAUGUCUGGUUUCCUAGUAAUCGGCAGACUUAGACAGAUGCCUGGUGCCAUCGGUUUGCCAUGCAGUGUUUUUCUCUCAAGCAUCAUGUGAAGGCUCAAGUUUUCACAGAGGCGCUUUGAACACAGCCUGGAUCAAAAGUCCUCUGAUAUGUCACUAGAUCAUUAGAACACGAUUUCCCUCAGGAGAGGAGGGCAAGUGGUUUUCUUAAUAACAAAACCAGCCCGACCAUGGGCUUCAUAUGGCUGAAGCCCUGGCUCUGAGGAAAGGGACAUUCUCAGGUGAUGUCUUUUUUAUUUUAUUUUAUUUUUCACACUUCGAUAUGCAUUUAAAAUAACACUAUGUUCCCUCAGUCUCACUCACCUUCUGUAAGAUGCCGUGGGAAGAAGUCGAGACAAGUUGGACUAAAAAGGCAAAGCCCCCGGAUUCCUAUUGGACUCUUAAAGAAAGACCUCAUGCUUGGCCCCCUGGGUGGUGGCCAAGCCUCCCUCAUGGGUGGGGAUGCAGGGUUCUCAGCCAGCUACAGCAUCUGGGUUGUUUCACGUGCUGGUGUGGGACUGGUGUUCAGAAACAGGCGUCUCAUGCUUUUGAAGUAACCCUGGCCUGACGUCGUAAGAGAUUCUGCUCACGAUUUUAGCUGAGUAAAGAGACAAGAAAAAGUCAUGUUAGCGGUACCAAGGGAGAAGGAGAAAUCUCACGUGAACUUCCAAGGUUUAGCCCAUUCUCAGUGUAGGGUUUUUUCUUUUCAGUCAAACUAGCACCAGAGGUCUUGAGAAAGCCAAACAAUAUUUUUAUCACUCUGGAAAUCAUUGCCUUUGCAUGGAAAACAAAUUCAGGGACCAUGAAUUUAGUGUGAAUGUCUGAAGGGGCUGAGGUGGUGUCUCUCUCUCUCUCUCUCUCUCUCUCUCUCUCUCUUUCUCUCUCUCCCUUCCAAUAUAUCUGUAGUGUUUGUUUUUUCUUUGCUUUUAACAGUUCAUUUGGUUUGAAUAAAGCCUGAAUGUUGGUGUGUGGCCCUGAGGUGGCCUGGGGCUAUCCCUAGGGCUGUGAGUGGACAGGUGGCAGGCUUUAGCAAUAUCCAGUUUUGAUCAGUUGCAUUUGGUACAGAAUUUUGAGUGACGGUGAAACUUGUUGUCUUUGGAAAGCACAAAAGAAAGCUGGAAAGGCAUUUCGGCUCAGGUAGCUACCCAGAAUGUGUGUGAUUUGUGCGUCUCAGCUGUCCGCAGAGAAAGCAGCUGCCCAAACUUCGAUUUACAUUCCCAGAUGAUAAGAGCAAAUAGCUUUUCAUGGCCUUGCAUAGUUGGGGGCCCUUUUCUCUGUCCUGACCCCAGGUGUGGAUGAAAUUGGAAAUGAUUCCUCUGUGAGAAGUGUUUCCCCGACACAGCCUAGUGUGUUCCACAGGUGCAGCGGAGCUGAGGUCGAUUCCCAAAUCGCUGCUGUGUGCGGGCUGAGUGAGGUUCCAGAAAAGUCUAACUGUCUUGUGUCCAAGUUAUCUUGAUUUUUAAAUUGAUAGAAAAGAAAAACAAACUGUCGAGCAAGUUAUAUGACAACUAACAACAUUGCACUUUCUGUAUAUGAAAUCAAUAUUUAAAUAACUUAUUUUUCUCCAUUGCUGUUCUUAAACCUUGUAAGUAGCUGUAAUAUACCAAUACCAAUAUGGUCUUGCAAUUGCUUCAGCCCAAGAAAGCUGUGUAUUGUUUUAAAAUUUGUACAAACAAAUUAUUGUGAUGAUCCAUUUAGAAGAAGAAAGGCGGACAGGAGGGUUUUCCUGCGCAUCAAACUUGUCUAUAAUUAUGUCAUCUAUGUACUUAGGGGAAAAGCAAAUAAAUUUCUUCAGUUGAG